AUGCUAUUCAUGUUCACCAUUGCAAAGAAAUUCUAUUCCAAACGGAAACAGCUGAAGAACGCGGGUGAAUGGGCCAUUGUUACGGGAGCGGCUGCCGGAAUCGGUCAAGCAUAUGCUCGUGAACUGGCAAAGGAUGGGUUGAACAUCAUGUUCAUUGAUAUCGAUGUGGCGGGACUUAGUAGUAUGGCUACCGAACUCGCAGAUAACUUCAGCGUGAAGGCGAUAACAUUCGUUUGUGAUUUCAUACCAGUGACUUCCAUGCAGUGUUUUCAAAGAGUUGCUUGUCCAUGUGGCCUCGCCGAAGACCUGGUAUACUUUUUGGAUCCUCUCAGUUGUGGUCGUAAUUUACUUUCAUCUCAGGGAGCUUGGUCACAAGCACUAUGCACACAAACCGUACAAACCUUUGAUUCAUUUCGAAUUUAUACGGAACUUGGUAAAUUUAAUGUGCAUUCAAUGAUAAUUCUUACUCACAUUGUGUUGCCUCGCCUAUUGAAGCAGAACAAACCUGGGUCAGCGAUUAUCAACCUGAAAUCAUUUACGGGGAUUAUACCUUGCCCCGGCUUGUCUUUGUACGGCGCAUCGAAGGCACUGAUUAAACAUUUUGUGAAAUCCUUGAUUCCAGACAUUAAAGAUUCAGACGUCAUCAUUCAGGCUGUUUGUCCUCUGGUUGUAUUCAAUUCACCUGUGCGAGAUUGGCGCCCAAGUUUCUUUAUUCCGACGCCUAAUGAAUAUGUGCGUAGUGCAAUUGAUAUGUUGGGUGUUGGGGAAAUUACUAUCGGCUAA